UAUUCUUAAUCGCAACGACCACUAAUCACAUGAUACACUUGUGUCACAUGAUCAGUGUAAAAUGGCAGCUACGCAGACUUCAAAAUCGAUGAAUUUGGCUGUAUUACUCUUGAUUGUGGGAUUGUCAGGCUGUUGUGGGACCCCUACAUUUGGUAUUGACUACGACAACAACACAUUUGUGAUGGAUGGUAAACCUUUCCGCUAUAUAUCUGGAAGUAUCCAUUAUUCAAGAGUUCCAUACCAGUACUGGGACGACAGGCUUCACAAGAUGGCUGCUGCUGGGCUAAAUGCUAUACAGACCUAUAUACCCUGGAACAUACAUGAGACAGUACAAGGUCAAUAUGACUUUGAGGGACAGCAAGAUAUUGUGACAUUUUUCAAGACAGCACAGAAGUACAACCUUGCAGUGAUAUUGAGGCCAGGGCCUUAUAUAUGUGCAGAGUGGGAAUUUGGAGGACUUCCUGCAUGGCUAUUGAAGGAUCCAAGUAUAAAAGUUAGGACCACAGACCCAGUUUAUUUGAAAGCAGUUAUGAAGUGGAUGGAAAAGUUAUACUCAGUUAUCUCCCCUUUGUUGUACAAGAAUGGAGGCCCAAUCAUAACUGUACAGAUAGAGAAUGAGUAUGGGAGCUACCCAGCUUGUGACUAUACCUAUCUGGAAGUGUUACGUGACCUUGCUUGGAAGUACCUGGGUACAGAUGUGGUUCUUUUCUCCACAGAUGGGGAUGGCGAUGGAUAUCUUAAAUGUGGUACUAUCAAUGGAGUUUAUGCUACAGUAGAUUUUGGAAUUACCUAUCAUCCAGAGAAAAAUUUUGCAAUUCAGAGACAUAAAGAACCAGAAGGCCCAUUGGUAAAUUCUGAAUAUUAUACAGGAUGGUUGGACCACUGGGGACAGAAUCACUCCACAGUGCCAACCGCAGCUGUGGCCAAGAGUCUUGAUCUAAUGCUUGCACUCGGUGCUAAUGUCAAUAUGUAUAUGUUUGAAGGUGGAACAAACUUUGGUUUCUGGAAUGGAGCAGAGUUCCCUCCCUUUAAGGCCAUCCCUACAAGUUAUGAUUACGAUGCCCCGUUAUCUGAAGCAGGGGACAUAACUGAAAAGUACAACUCUGUCAGAGAUAUUGUUCUCAAGUACAAUCCAGGGGCAAGAAUGAAGAUUCCCCCAUCUACUCCAAAGUAUGCUUAUGGGAAAGUUCAGAUGAUAUUUGUUGAAACGGUGGUUUCAUAUGUGGAUGGGACAUCCAAACCAUUGAGUUCUAAAUAUCCUGUAAACAUGGAAUCUAUGGAUCACUAUUAUGGCUUUGUACUGUAUGCACAUGAACUGAAAGAGACAGUAACUGAUGCUAGAAUAGAUCUGUCAGGAGCCAGAGACAGGGCUUACGUCAUGACCAUGUCUGGAAAUACCUUGAGUUCAGUUGGAGUCGUGGAGAGGGACAGUGGGAAUGCAACCUUGACCUUCAGUGCUAGAGCAGACGACAGUUUGUUUAUACUGGUAGAGAACCAAGGUCGUAUUAAUUAUGGAGGACAAAUGAACAACAAUCUAAAGGGUUUAAUUUCAAAUGUUACUUUGAAUGGGGAUAAUUUGACAGACUGGCUAAACUACCCAGUGAAUGUUGAAAGUGACAUCAUAAAUAAACAGAUUGUGAAGUCAUCAUCUUCAAGAAUGCCAGCUUUAGAAUAUAGCAUACCUUCAGUGUACUCGGGACAACUGAAGAUAAUGGAUGAGCCAAUGGACACAUAUUUAGACAUGUCUUUAUGGACAAAGGGUCAGAUAUUUGUGAAUGGUUUGAAUCUCGGAAGAUACUGGCCACAUAAAGGGCCACAAGUCCGACUGUAUGUUCCCAAAUACGCUUUGAAGAAGGGUACCAAUAACAUCGCAUUAAUAGAGCUGGAGGAAUCCCCGUGCCAGAACAAAGAACAGUGCUAUAUUUCAUUUUAUGAUAAACCCUUGAUAAAUGCAACUGUAAGCCCCGAUGUCAGUCAUGGACUGGUACCAAAUAACAUGGACAGGAUGUUUUAUAGAGGAAAUUUAACUUUUUCUGAAAAAUAUACAGGAAAGGUUGGAUCAGGAAGAAGACAGCUGUCUUUCUUUGAAACAGUUUAUGACUUUGUAAUGAAAAUUGUUGAAACCAAAUGGGGAAUCUUGUUUCUGUGAUAAAAAUAUCUCCAUCUUUCUAGUCCUGAUGACUUUAAACUUGUAUAUGUUUUGCUAGUCAGUAUCACCUACAUGUUUCGAAAUAAAAUUGAUAUUUUGACAUUUUUGCAUUAUAUCUAGUAUAGUAUUGUAUAAUUAUAUCUUUACAUAUUUUAUGCAAAAUAAAUAUAUUUUGAAUAA